UUGAGGCCAGGCCAAAGCAUCAUGCCAUUGCUUGAAGAAAGAGGGGGGAAGCAAGCACUGCUGUUGAAGAAAUGAAACUUAGCCACGCAUGCAUAAUGCAACGCAUUGGCGUGUGUCCUCUUGCAUCGGCUAGGAUCCUAGCUCAUCCAAUCUCUAUCAACGUACAGCUAGCUGAGAUCUAAACUAAUCUAAGCCUACCUAGCUUUGCUGGACAUUCACCUGUGGACCGGCCGGCCGGUCGGUAAUAAGCGGCGAGGGGCAAGGGACCUCGCCGGCUGCUGCGAUGGCUGAGCUCGCGUCUGGUGCCGUGAGCUCGCUGCUGGGCCUCCUGCGGAACGAGGUGCUUCUGCUGAGCCGCGUCGGGAGCGACGUGGAGUUCAUCAAGGAGGAGAUGGAGAGCAUGCACAGCUUUCUGGAGCACCUGGCCAGGACGGCGCCUCCUGCCGGCGGGCACGACGAGCAGGUGCGCACGUGGAUGAAGCAGGUCCGAGACCUUGCCCACGACUGCAGCAACUGUAUCGACCUCUACCUUCGACGUGGUGACCCGGCGGUCUACCGUGCUAGGGGUGGCCGUUGGCGCUACCUCUGGUGGGCUUCCUGGUUGGUGCAGAAGAUGGUCACCCAGCACAACGCAGCCAUCCGACUGCGCGAGCUCAAGGAGCGGGCACGCGAUGUUGGCAAGAGACGGUUGAGGUACGGUGUGGAGAUCCCGCAAAAAGAGGCAUGGGGCUCUGCAGUGGUGCCAUCAAUGCCAUCGUCAUCUCAAGCUGCAGCCACGGAAGAAGAGGAGGAGGACCAUCAAAAUCAAGCAUCAGUAGUGGCCGCCGAUGGUUCUGAUCCCCGUCAAAGAGCUCUAGAACCUCGCCUUCUGGAGGAGUACUGCACCGAGAAGCUAGCCAACUGGCUCCAGUUGCAAGCUGAAACCAACAAGGAUGUGUCAAUAUCAUCCAUUGCCAUUGUCGUGCCAGAUGAUACAGAGGACGCUGCUGGAGCCAUCGCACGUGAAGCUUUGACUUUGGCGAGCGCCAAUUUCACGUGCAAGGUCUGGAUCAAUCUUUCGGCACUGCACCUCCCAUGGGAUCUUCCGCUACUAGGCUCAGAGAUUCUCUCCUAUAUCUUGCGUGAAUGCGAGCAGCAGCAAGGCACGGUGGGGGAGCAGGAUCCACGGGAGCAAGCUUACCGUUACAAAGAUGAACUUCAGGACACAAUCUGGAACAUGAUUGAUGAUGAUGACAUUGUUGAAAGGAUUGAAGAAAUCAAGAGCAAGAUUGGAGAAGUUGAUGAGGGGAAGAUUGGAUUCGACAGAAAUAAGAAGCUUGAAGAAAGCAAGACCCUAGGCAUACUAAUACUCCUCCGCGUGCUGCAGCUCAUGCAGAGUGCGCCUGACAGAAGUAUGCCACUAUCCUCAGAGGAUGCUAUGAAGGAGACUGCCUCCAGGCUGAAAUCUCAUAUGGAAGCAGGCAAGCCUCAGAUCUGUCUCGAUAAUAACCAAUAUAUGGAUAUCCUGCGGAAGGUGUUUCCGGCAAGCAAGCCCCUGCAGCCGCAGACUCAGGAAGCCUCCCACGGUGCUACUACAUUGGGCGAGGAUCACAUCAAAGAAAUCACCAACAACCACAAGAUCACUCUAGACAUCAUAUGGGAGCUGCUUUGCAAGCAACAGCUACUCGAAAGUACCUCUGCCAAGAAGGAACAUGCCACAGGAUGCAACAAGCUCCAUGGUGGCCAUGAUCAAGUCGGCAAUAGUGCAGCUGUUGCCUCCACAGAACAAAGCAAGGAGAAAGUGGAGGAGACCUCAGGGGAGGUUCAGGUGAGCAGUGCUGCUGCUGCUGCUGCUGUCAAAGAAGCCAAGGAAAAAAUGAAGGAGUUCCGAGGGGAGGUUAAGGCGAGGAAUGCCAUUGCUGCUACUAUCAACGAAACCAAGGAAAAGAUGGAUAAAAUCUCGGAGGAGAUUACGGAUAAGCUGUUUAUCAAAGGUAUAGUGGACAAGAUUAAGCCGCAUCUGGAAAAUAACAAGACACUGAUUAUCCUCCAAGAUGAUGAAGACUAUAUUUCAACCGAAGAUGAUGAAGACGAUGUAUCCACAUGGGAGGAGACCAGAAAUGCUUUGAACCUGUUAGGCUGUGCACCUGGAAGUGCAGUGAUUGUGUCCACAAAGAGCAGCCAAAAGGCCAAAGAAUUUUGCUAUCCACAGAGGGAGCCAAUAACCUAUUCUCUAAUUGGCCUCUACCAUGAUAUUGUGCUUCAGCUCACACAGCAACGGGAGUAUGAUCCCCAGGUUCUCCUUAAAAUCCUGUACAUGUGCGAUCCACAUGAAUUCUGCAUGAAGAUCUUUGCGCAUGCUCUUUAUGCUAAUCCCAAAAGGAGCUAUGAUGAACUGACCAAGUUGUAUCAAGACCUGGGUGCCCAAAAGACAUUGGGCAGUGAGGCUAAGAGGAUGAUCAAGUUCUCCUACAGAGACCUACCUAGAGAAUACAAGACUUGCUUUCUGUACCUAGCUAUCUUCCCUCAAGGCCACAACAUCAGCCGGUCGACCUUAAUAGGACGAUGGGUUGCAGAAGGGUUGAUAACCAAGGAGGACUGGAGCACUGCAGUGUUUCAUGCCGAGCAGUGCUUUGAAGCUCUUAUCAAACGUGGGCUUGUUUUGCCUUGUGAUAUUGGUGUUGCAGGAAAAGUCAAGAGCUGCAUGGUAGGUCAUCAGGUCCAUGGGUUUAUCACCAAGAUUGCAAAGAAAGAGCAUAUUUUGGACGCGCGCCUAUCAGAUGUCGUGGCCCGCCACUUCUCCAUCUUUUGUGGUCUCCGGCUCCGCGCCUCUGAUGGCAUAGGCACCUUUGUGAGCAAGCUCCCCAAAUACUUACCACAGUUACCGCUGCUCAAGGUGCUAGAUCUGGAAGGUUGGGUCAACAGUGAGAAGCUUAAUCACUACCUCAAGGACAUCUGCAGAAAGAUAUUAUUCCUCAAGUAUUUGAGCCUAAGAGGAACAAAGGUUACUGAUCUACCCAAUGAAAUCAACAACCUCCAUGAGCUAGAGGUAUUGGAUAUCCGGCAAACUGAGGUGCCUGCACGCAAAACAAAAGGUCUCCUGCUCCUGAAGCUGAGGCGCUUGCUGGCUGAUUGCAAUGAUCCAAAAAUGAAUGGCGACCCAUUACACUCUCCUGUCCAGAUUCCUCGCAAAAUCAGGAGAAUGGAAAAUCUGGAGGUACUGUCAAAUGUCAAGGCUUCAUCGGAUGGCAGUGAGUUGAAAGACAUAAAAUAUCUAUGGCAGUUGAGGAAGCUCGGUGUGGUUAUCCAAGACGAGCACCGGCACCUUGAUAAUUUGCUUUCAUCGAUUAAUGACCUGAAAGAGUGUCUUCAGUCUCUUUCAAUCACAAUAUCUAACACCAGAAGAAAAAGAAAAAACAUUACCUUGAGAAAAAGCCCACAACCAAAAGAUAUGGGCACUUUGUCAACACUAUCUCCAAGGCGUCUGGAGAGCAUAAGCAUCAAUGGAUUCAUACCAGGGGAGAAACUUCUUGAAGUGUUGGCCAAAGAUUGUGAUGAACUUGCCAAGGUAACUCUGAGUAGCACCAGGUUGGAACAGGGAGAUCUGAUGGUCCUUGCUCUGCUUGACAAAUUACGCUGUGUCAGGCUCCGAUCCUAUGCAUACAGUGGGAGAAAGCUCAUCUUCAACAAGGAUGAAUUCCCACAUCUCAAGUACUUUCUUGUUGAGGGCCACAAUAUGACCAACAUUGAGUUUCAAUAUAACACAUCUGCUGAGCUUGAGAAGAUUGUCUUGUCCUUCACCAACAUAAGAUCGCUUUGUGGGAUCGGAAACCUUCCACAAUUGAAGGAGCUUGAGUUAGAAGAGAACCGAUCCCUACUUUCAUUUUCUCAAGAUGAAGCAGCUCUUGAGGAAAAGACUGAAAGCAGAGCUCCUGAGCAAAACACAGAGGUCAUAGCUGCUAACAAAACUAUUCAGAGUGGAUCCCUUGGACAAAAUACCGAGAUCAAAGCUCCAGAACAUAACAUUCAGAGCCGAUCUCCAGAGGAAAACACCCAGAAUAGAGCUGCCGAGCAAAGCACUGAGGUCAGAGCUUGGGAGAAAAACACAGAGAGCAUAGCUGCUGAGCAAAAUAUACAGAGUAGAUCCCCUGAGCGAGACACUAAGAUCAGAGCGCCUGGGCAAAACACAGAGAGUGUACCUGCUGAGCAAAAUAUACAGAGUAUAGCUCCUGAGAAAAAUACUGAGAUCAGAGCUCCGGAGAACAACACAGAGAGUGUAGCUGGUAAGCAAAAUAUACAGAGUAUAGCUCCUGAGCAAAAUGUACAGAGUAUAGCUCCUGAGCAAAAUACCGAGAUCAGAGUUCCGGAGAAAAACACAGAGAGUGUAGCUCCUGAGCAAAAUAUACAGAGUAUAGCUCCUGAGCAAAAUACCGAGAUCAGAGCUCCGGAGCAAAACACAGAGAGCAUAGCUGAUGCACAAAAUAUACAGAGCACAGCCUCUGAGCAAGACACUAAGAUCAGAGCUCUGGAGCAAAACCCUCAGACCGAAGAUACUAAGGAGAUUAUCAAGGGUGGGUUCACCUUUGAUAAGGAAAAAUUUCAACAACUUAAGUACUUUUGUGUUAAGGAGUCCAAAACAACCAACAUCACCUUUAAAGAGGGAGCAGCUCCUGAGCUCAAGAAGAUCACAUUGUCCUUGAGGGAUGAAAAUUCAAAGAUUACUGGGGUCGAGUACCUUCCAAAAUUGAAGGAGAUAGAGUUGAAGGGUGGCAAAUUUCUUCUUCAGUUAUUUGACAAUGCUGUUAAAGUUGCCAAGGUGACUCUUAGUGAUACAAAUCUGAAGCAAGAAGACAUGAAAAUCUUAGGCAUGAAAACAAAUCUGCGCUGCCUAGUGCUCUCUGACAAGUCUUACGAUGAAAAGCACCUUGCAUUCAACGAAGAUGCGAAGUUCCCAGUACUCGACCUCCUUAUUGUGGAGUGCCCUAACAUCAACAGCAUCAGCUUCACCGCGGGAUCUGCUCAAAAACUCGAAAAGAUAGUUUGUUCCUUCACCAAUAUGAACUCUCUAUCCGGCAUCGACAAACUUCCGAAACUGAAUGAGAUUGAGUACAGUGGUGGCCGUGUCCCUUAUCUGGUGAGAAAGGAAAUUGCAGCGCUUAAAAGGCAACCUGUUCUUACUUACAACAAUCCACAGCAACAAAACCAAGCAAGAACGAUGAAAGCAAAACAGAAGAGGGAGAUGUUGCAGAAGGAUCUCCAGCUUUCUUGAGCAAGAAGGGCCAGCGCUAGCUAAGCUAGCUAGCUGACGAAAGGUUUCAAGGUUACGGUUACCACACAUUCCCCAUCCUUCUUACUUGUGCAUGUUUAAUUUGUUUCCGUUGCGUGUGCAUCAUCCCCCUUGCGUUCAUUCCGCGUGGUGCUGUCUGUACCUGCUCGCUCAUGUAUCUGUUUGGGUUUCACUUCGCGCGCGCGCGCGCGCGCGCGUGUGUCCUUUCAGUGCACACGGCUUGUGUGCUUGAGUUUGGGCCUGCACUUUGAGCUUAUGGGGCAUAUGGCUGUUCCCAUGCUCAUGGAUUCGUCAUUUGCAUGUGUGUGUGUGGCUUUCCUCUGGACCAAUGCCGGGUAUGGUUCCAUGUAAUAAGUGCGACAAUUCGCUUGUUGAAUCUUACUAUUACUAAUUGAGGCUUCUUUUGAAGCUUCCA